AUGCCCGGCGGCGCGCGACUGCAGAGCAACGACGGCGAGAGAAGAAACACGAACAGGAGCGUCCUCGUCCAGUCUGGCGAGACAGACGAUGUGGACGUUGCUCCUGGACGAGAGCAGAUGGAGAAGCCGGCCGUUAAGCCAUGGGCUCACUUCCUUGCCGGAGGACUUGGUGGAAUGACGGCAGCAACACUCACGUCGCCACUGGACGUGCUAAAGACCCGUCUGCAAUCUGAUUUCUACCAGGCACAGCUCCAGCAGCUUCGCGCGUCGCAUCCUCUACCGCCAACUUCAUCGUCCAUCACAUCCCUCACGCGCAGUGCAGCAGUACACUUCAGCGAAACAAUCCAGAUGCUUCGAUCAAUACACGUCCACGAGGGCUGGCGAGCGCUUUUUAAAGGCCUGGGGCCGAAUCUGACAGGCGUCGUGCCCGCUCGGGCUAUAAACUUCUACGUCUACGGUAACGGCAAGAGGAUACUAAACGAGUACUUCCGGUACGAACCCAACGAGUCUCCCGUUGCCAUCCAUCUGAGCGCCGCUGCCAUCGCAGGCAUAGCGACGGGGACAGCCACGAACCCUAUCUGGCUCGUCAAGACGCGGAUGCAGCUGGACAAGAACAAGAAUGCCUCGCAGCAAGGGAGAAGACAGUACGCCAACUCCCUGGACUGUAUACGCCAGACUGUUCGCCACGAGGGCAUCCAGGGGCUGUACCGUGGCCUAUCAGCUUCGUACCUAGGCGUGUCUGAGAGUGCGUUGCAGUGGGUGCUGUACGAGCAGAUGAAGCGUGUGUUGGCGCAGCGUGAGGCCCGACUGGCUGCUGACCCGACACAUGUCUCUGGCUGGGUAGACGAUGUGGUUUCUUGGGGCGGCAAGCUGGUGGCGGCUGGAUCCGCGAAGCUGGUUGCUGCUGUCGCUACGUAUCCGCAUGAAGUCGUCCGGACACGGCUGAGACAGGCACCGACUGUGUCUGUUGGUGGAGCAGGGUCCGGCAAGGUCGAGAUGAAGUAUACUGGCCUGGUGCAGUGUUUCAAGGUGGUGUGGAAGGAAGAGGGCAUGGCGGGCAUGUAUGGCGGCCUCACGCCUCAUCUGCUCAGAGUCGUGCCCAGUGCAGCCAUCAUGUUUGGAAUGUACGAGUUGAUCCUUCGACUGUGUGGCACGACGGCCUAA